CCUCCCUUCCCCAAAUCUCUCUCCUCUCUCUCUCCUGCCUCCCAUGUAUCCCCCUGCUGCAGAUAUCACAAGCUUUUCCUGCUGUUCCUGCUGCACCUGCAGCUUCUCCAUCUGCAGUGCAAGCAGCUGCUAAAUUCCCCCAUAAGCGCCUGCCUUCCUGCCCCCUCACUUUCUUGGAACCCCAGCACAACACGAGGAUCAUUCACUCACUACAGUGGCGUACUAGAUUUCCACUUGUGCGCACACAGCGGCAGCAGGCGUGCAUAGUGGUGAUGCACAGGUGAGAGCCGCUGCGGCCGCCGCUAGCUCCAUGGAGGAUCUGUACAGCAUCCACCCGGGGAUCUCGCGGGCCGGCGGCGCGGCGAGCGAGGCGUCCGUUGCCGGCGUCGGCGGGCCGGCGCCCUCGGAUCUGACGGAGCUCAUGAAGGCGCAGAUCGCCAGCCACCCGCGCUACCCCUCCCUCCUCUCCGCCUACAUCGAGUGCCGCAAGGUGGGAGCGCCUCCGCAGGUGGCGUCGCUGCUGGAGGAGGUCAACCGGGAGAGGCGCGGCAGUCCCGGCGCCGGCGCCGGGAAGAUCGGCGUCGAUCCCGAGCUCGACGAGUUCAUGGACUCUUACUGCCGGGUGCUGGUGCGGUACAAGGAGGAGCUGUCCCGGCCGUUCGACGAGGCCGCGUCGUUCCUGAGCAGCAUCCAGGCGCAGCUCAGCAACCUCUGCAGCGGCGGCAGCUCGCCGGCGGCGACGACCGCCACGCACUCCGACGACAUGAUGGGGUCCUCGGAGGAUGAGCAAUGCUCAGGGGACACUGAUGUGCCAGACAUAGGGCAAGAACACAGCUCCCGCUUAGCUGACCAUGAGCUCAAGGAAAUGCUGCUCAAGAAGUACAGUGGAUGCCUCAGUCGUCUUCGGUCAGAGUUCCUGAAGAAGCGGAAGAAAGGGAAGCUACCAAAAGAUGCACGGACGGUGUUGCUGGAGUGGUGGAACACGCACUACCGCUGGCCUUAUCCUACGGAAGAAGAUAAGGUGAGGCUCGCAGCGAUGACUGGCCUCGACCCAAAGCAGAUCAACAAUUGGUUCAUCAACCAGAGGAAGAGGCAUUGGAAGCCGUCGGAGGACAUGCGAUUCGCGCUCAUGGAGGGCGUUGCUGGUGGAUCUUCUGGGACAACACUCUACUUCGACACUGGCACAAUCGGACCCUGAACCAGCCACCACUUCUUGGGCAGAAAACUGGCCAACUCAACCACUCCAGUAGCCUGACCUGGCUUGUGAAGAUCAUCAAUCUGCCGGGUCAAAAUUGACAAUAAAUAUCUGUCAUCCUGAAAUUGAUCAAAUCAGCCCGCUGCCUCAUUAUUUUGCAAGAUCAUGUGUAUAUGGUGUCGUCGUAAUGAAACAAAAAUGUAUGUACGAGCAAAUUUGGGAGACCUGCAAAAGCAUUUUAUUAGUAGUCUCGUGUAUUGGCUGUAAUACUGGCUACCCAAUUUAAUUGUUAGAUAGGCUGAAGGGCUUAUAAAGGUAAAUUUACUUGUGCUGUUC